CGCAGGCGUUUGACGUCACCGUGAAAGGCGUCGCGCUCUGACGUGGGUUGGCCAUGGAGGCCCUGGCGGGUGUCUCCAAGCAAGGCAUCCGUGAACGCAUUUGGGACCAUAUGGAAUCACGUGAUUUAGCUGACUUCCCCCGACCUGUGCAUCACAGGAUUCCGAACUUUAAGGGUGCCUCUCGUGCUACGGAGCAUUUCCCACACCUGCAUGCUUUCAGGGUGGCGAGAACCAUUAAAGUCAACCCCGAUGCUCCUCAGAGAAACGCCCGCUUCCUCGUGCUGGAGAGCAAAAAGACACUGCUGGUCCCAACUCCACGGCUGAGGACAGGACUGUUUAAUAAGAUCACACCACCUCCUGGAGCCACUAAAGACAUACUGAGGAAAUGUGCCACCUCCCAGGGCGUGCGGAACUUCAGCGUCCCUGUGGGCUUGGACUCUAGUGUCCUCGUGGAUUUAGUUGUGGUGGGAUCUGUUGCUGUGUCUGAGAAAGGCUGGAGAAUUGGGAAGGGAGAAGGCUAUGCCGAUCUUGAGUAUGCCAUGAUGGUGUCGAUGGGAGCUGUCCACAAGGGGACUCCGGUUGUUACCAUUGUCCAUGACUGCCAGGUCGUUGACAUUCCUGAGGCUCUUCUAGAGGACCACGAUCUCACUGUUGACUACAUCAUCACUCCGACCAGGGUCAUUGCUACAGACUGUGCACGUCCAAAGCCAACAGGGAUCAUCUGGUCCAAGGUCAGUUGUGAGAUGCUUACGAAAAUCCCAGUGCUCAGGAUCCUCCGUGAGCGAGAGAAGCGGGCCGGAAAAGACGUCGCUCUUCAAGUUGAGCCUGGCAGCCAGCACCCAGCUCCAAGCACCAUGAGGAGACCCCGGGAUAUACCGCAGUCACAAGCAGCUUCCCUAGGAGGGUCUCAUAGCCCCUUGCACGGGGUGGACACCCAACCAGCUGCCACUGUGUACGUGGGAAACCUGCCCUCUAAUGCUCGCGUGCGUGAACUGAAGAGAGCCCUCCAGGAGCUAGGGGCAGUGCCCCUGAGGCUUACCUGGCAGGGACCACAGCACAGGGCCAUUCUACACUAUGCUGACUCAGCUGCUGCCCAGCAAGCUGCCUCCCGCCUUCAGGGCCUACAUCUAGGUGCCAACUCCUUGAGGGUGGCACUGGGGCAGCAUAGGGAUAUGUGACCUGGUGAGCAGCCCCCAAUGGAAGAGCUAUGCCGUCUCUUGUUGGAAUGCCUCUGACGUGUGGUAGUUUGCUAUUGAUGGGAGCCUGCUGCUGUGUGAGGCCUAGGCUCUGCUCCUCCUGGGAAGAGGCCACACUUUCCUAAUGCGUAGGGAUGUGUGGUGAGCAGCACAUCACAACUCUCGGGAUACCACAAACUCUGACAAUAAGUCGGAGAACUGACCCAUUCCAGUUCUGGUUGUGAGGUCCUGGUUGUGAGGUCCGUGUGAUAUGCCCUCUGGGUGCAGAAGGUCUAGGGACAAAAGGUAGAGAAUGGAGACCCGAUUUAGGAUAGACGUGAAAGUGAACACAGACCCACAGAGAAGAAGCUGGGGCAGGGAUCCAGGGCAGGCAGCAGAGCCGCAGUCCAGCAGAACAGGAGUGGGUAAGGGGCUCUGCACCCAGAGAAUGGGAACCCCACUUGUGCACGUGUGUGAUAGUGUCUACCCAGGCGGCACAGCUUUAACUCCACAGGCUCAGGGCCUCACUGUCCAUCAGUGAGAAUAAGAGGGGGGUGGCAGCUGCCUAUGCUUGCCAAGAUGCAGUACUUGUGCCAUUGAUCCUAGGCAAAAAGUCAAAAUAAGCAUUUAU